AUGAUAACAUUGCUUUCUGAGCACUAUGUUGCCGAGCCGGUAAGUGGAGCUGACCUCCAACUUGCAUCUCUUGCAUGGGGCUUUACAAUCGGAUUUGGUUUUCUUACAACAUGGACUGCAAUCAAGCAAACAGCGGACAUACAGCGGAGACAUGGAUACUCGAAACUUAACACCCCUUACAUAUGGAUGGUUUGGCUUGAGAUAUUGGUUUGCCUCACAUUUUCGAUAAUAUGCUGGCUCCAUUUGAACGAGAUCAUACCCCCUAGUUUUGCAUUCUUCUUCGUCAUCCUUACAACAUGGGCGCUUCAAGUUCAGUUCCUCCUGCAAAUCAUCAUCAACAGGGUUUCGAUUCUUCUCGUUGACCGACAAAAAGCCAUGAGACUCAGAAUAGGGGUUGCUGUUCUCAUUACAGCUAUCAAUAUCUCCGUUUAUUGCAUCUGGGUUCCUGCAAGGCUCCAAGUCUCUGCUGAAUAUGGCCGCAUCAACAAUAUAUGGGAUCGGUGUGAGAAAGUCAUCUAUCUUCUGGUCGACGCGGCGUUGAAUUGGUACUUCAUUCGCACUGUUCAGCACAAGCUUGUUGAUCAAGGCUUGGUCAAAUAUAAUCGUCUUGUCAGAUUCAACAUGUGGAUUAUCGGCCUUUCGCUCAGUAUGGACGUACUUAUCAUUAGCAUGAUGAGUUUGAAGAAUUCCUUCGUAUACAUGCAAUUCCACCCAUUUGCUUAUAUCGUUAAACUCAACAUUGAAAUGUCAAUGGCCGAUCUAAUCGCCAAAGUCUCCCGCAUCAACCCCAACUGGCAAGACCCAGGCCUCUCCCGAACCCAAGACUCCUCAAACAUCACAAAAUGUUAUCACGACUCGCAAUCCCGCCCUAAACCUUCAUACCUCGAAUCAUACAGCCCGUCCUCCGACGUCCCUAUGGACGAUAUGCUUCAUCCCAGGGACUUAACGCCGUCGCGGGCUGGAGGCCUGGAGAUACAUAUGAGUAGUGAGGUAAGGAUUGAUGUCGAAAGAAGGGAUAGUUCGGGUACGAAAGAGGGAAGUGAGUUGGAGUUAGUUAAUGCGGCGGGACCGAUGGAAGCAGAUGAGAUUGUGAAGGAGGAAAUUGAGGGUAGGAGGAGGGCGAGGAAGGAUACAUGA